CUUCUAGUCGGAAUAAUGAAAAGGGAUAGCUCUCUCUAGGCGUUUUAUCACACGCGUGAUAUCUCACGCGAAUCAACCUAUCCCACGUAGUGCAUCCUCGUAUCUCCACGUAUCUCGUAUGUGCCAUGAUGUGUCAUGCACGCGUGCGUACACAUACAUGCGUACAAAUGUCACCUAACCCGUUACGGACAUAACGAACGACAGCAGGCUCUGAAUUCUGUAAUAUUGUCGCGUUUACGGGAUUAAAACUGUUUUUUCAUACGUGCGUAUAAUUAUACAAUUUCUUCCUUUAAUUAUCGUCCUCUCCCAGUCGAAAUACUCAAGUACUCUUGUAAUCUCGCAAUACGUGCAAUAUUAUUUUUAUAUCAGAUCGAAUCAUCAGAUGUUUACGGUUCAUGCAUCACGUAGGUGUACCGAUGUGACUCGAGAACAGCGAAGCUCCAGCUGUGCGAUUUGUACUUUUAUCACGACUGAUUAAUGUUGCGACAAGCCGAUCACAUUAGCGAUUUUCCAAUGCUAAAAUGAAACCUGAAACUAGUAGAAUGUUCUAUCGGUUGUUUCUCGCGAUCUUGCUUUUCCACCUGCAAGUAGGUGGAAAUUAUUUUGGGACUAACUCUAAGAAGGACGAUCAAUGUUUCUGCGAGCUGAAAGGAUCUAUAGAUGAUUGUGCUUGCAACAUUGACACAGUGGACUAUUUUAAUAAUAUGAGAAUAUAUCCAAGAAUUCAAAGUCUUCUAGUCAGAGAUUAUUUUAGAUUUUACAAAGUGAACUUAAAGCAGGAUUGUCCAUUUUGGGCAGAUGAUGGCAAAUGUGCUAUACGUGACUGUCAUGUGUUACCCUGCCAAGAUAAUGAUAUUCCUGAAGGUUUAAAGGGAGAUGUUCCAAGAAAUAUCCAUCUUAACGAAAGCCCAGUAGAUAAAUAUAAAGCUAAUGCACAAAUUAGUGACUGUAGGCACAAUGCAAAAGACCAUAAUAUAGAACUUGGUUUCCUGAACACAACAAUUAGUUCAGAAAACUAUAAAGAAUUUGAACGAUGGCAACGGCAUGACGAUGCCCAAGAUAAUUUCUGUAUAAAAGAAUCUAGUCCUGGGGAAUAUGUAGAUCUCUUACUUAAUCCUGAAAGAUAUACAGGAUAUAAAGGAGCUAGUGCACAUAGGAUAUGGCGAAGUAUUUAUAAGGAAAAUUGUUUUAGGCCUGAAAACUCACCUCACAUUUUUAUACAAUCUUCCAAAAUGAAUGGAAUGUGUUUAGAAAAACGAGUUUUUUACCGAGUUAUAUCUGGCUUACAUGGCAGCAUUAAUAUACAUUUGUGUUCAAAAUAUUUGUUAACUUCACAAGACAACUUACAAGUGUCAAUCGACAAUCAAUGGGGUCCCAAUUUGGAUGAGCUACAAAGAAGAUUUUCUCCUGAGACAACAGGUGGUGAAGGUCCAAACUGGCUAAAGAAUUUAUAUUUUAUUUAUUUGCUCGAACUGAGAGCUUUAGCCAAAGCUGCACCUUAUUUGGAAAGAGAAGAAUACUAUACAGGUAACGAAGAGGAUGAUGAAGAUACAAGAUUGGCUAUGAAUGAUAUACUGAAUGUUGUUAAAUCAUUCCCGGUACAUUUUAACGAAACAGUUAUGUUCACCGGUGGAGCAGAGGCUCAAUUGCUGAAGGAAGAAUUUAGACAACAUUUUAUAAAUAUUUCACGUAUUAUGGAUUGUGUAGGUUGUGACAAAUGUAAACUAUGGGGUAAAUUACAAAUCCAUGGUCUGGGAACUGCAUUAAAGAUAUUAUUCUCAGGAAAAUUUGAUAAAUGGGAACCAACGCUUAAUAACCUUAAUCGAAAGUUGUUCUUCUUAGAAAGAAGUGAAAUUGUUGCUUUGGUGAAUGCUUUUGGAAGGUUAUCAGAAAGUAUUUUUGAACUAGACAGAUUUCGCAGGAUGAUGAGAUAACAUACUAUUUAUUUGUAAUUAGAGAUUCUCCAAAACCAUUACAAAACAUCACUAAAACACAUCACAUCGCAUAGAUUUUUUGCUUUUUCUUUUCGUUUUUCGCUUCCUUUAUUUAUAGAGCAUAAAUUUUGUUGUGUCUGAUUUAACUGAAUGUGCGUUUACGUUAAUAUAAUAUUUUAAUGCAUUUUUAAAUUAUUUAUAUAUAGCUUUUUUAUAUUAUGCAUUAUAAUUAAAUAAUUCAUUAAAGAUCUGAUUUUAAAUUAUAUUUUAGAUUAAAGUUUACACAAAUAUUCUUUCUGAGCUGAAAAGAUAAAAAAUACUGUUUUUUAAAAGAAUAAUUCAAUAUUGAAUAUAAAAUUUUGAAACUAUGUAAACGUUCAAUUCAAAUGUCAGCUCCAACUAAAUUUAUUACUCUUAUUUACAAUUAUCUCUUCCAAUGUUAUAAGAAAAUGUACAUACAUACAUAUAGGCCGGUAUUCACAGUCGGAUCUUAUAUUUAAGAUCAUCUUAAGUACUGUCUUAAGAUGCCAUCAGCCAAUCACAGAGCCGUAUUAUCAUCUUAAGACAUUGCUUGAGAGGAUCUUUAAAUAAGAUUCGACUAUGAAUACCGGCUAUAGAUACAUAAUAUACAGUAAUGUAUAAGGCUCAAUUGCACCAGUGUUUAUUUAUGUAAGUAUGUUAGUUUUUUUAGUUAUGUAAGUUUUUUUCUAUAAUUAUCUUAUAAUUAAGAUUAUAAUUUAAAAAGAAACUAAGAACUAUUAAUCAAAGAUCUUUGAGAAAAAGUACGCAAGUGGUUAUACGAGAAGCUAGAUAUAUUUAUCUUGUAAGACUGGCGUCCGAAUUGUUGAUAUUUUCUUCCGAUUUGUAUUAUAGCUUUCGACACCGUCUGUGAUAAAUAUUUUAUCUAAGGUAAACUAUUUACAUAACUUAAAUUUAUACAUUAUUCUUUGAAGUUGGGAUUUUAUUUAUACAAUACAUAUUUUUAUAAUUGAUGCGAUGUAAAAUCGUACUUAUAGAUUUAUUAUUUACAAAGGUAUAGAACGUCUUAUAGAACUAUUGUGUACAAAUAUAUAUAAACUAACUAUAUACUAACAAAAAUAUAAUGGAAUUUUCGAUAUAUAUAUAUAUACACUUGCUUCCGCAACAAUCUGUUUUAUUUAUCAUAGAACGAAGCUUGCAAUAUGUUAUAGUAUGUUAUACUCAUUUUAUAGGAAUAAUAUAACGUAAUCGUAUAAAUAUAUAAACAAGGGAAGGAAAAAAUAAAUUUGAAUACAACAUUUAAAGUGUAUUUUGUAGUGUA